GAACCUUUUAUUAGCAACACUUCUAAGCAAUUCCUUUCUUCUCUCUUUCCUUUCUCUCGCUUUAUGAAAAUAAAAUAAUUUAAAAAAAUUAAAUAAAUCAACUGUUCAUAAAAUAAUAAAAAUAUAUGAUCAAAAAGGGAAAAUUAACGAGUAUUCCUUUCGUUCUUUCUUCAACGGCCUGAUAUGUCUUCUCUAAACAGAGAAUGGGAUUUUAGGGUUUAAAAAAGCUUCUUAACGUUCAGGUACCCGUUGGUUUUUUCACGGUUUUGAAUUUUGGUUAACGAAGGUGAUAUAUGGAACAGAGGUUAGGGUUUUGAUUGGCGGUAAUUAGGGCUUGCAUUGUGUUGGGUUGCGUUUUUAGUUCGGUUUUGAUGAAUUUUAUUGGGUUUAGGAUAAUGGGUGUUUGUUAGUUUGUUGAAGAAUACUGAGAUGGGGUCGUGCGAGGAUUCAGCAUUGGUUGAUGAACCCUCGCGUGAUUCUGAUAUUGAGAAGGAUUCGUGUGUGGAGUUUAGGGAAAAGCUGGUUUCCAAGAGUUUUGGUUACUCGGAGACUGGUUUUGAUGUGAUUGGUGCUAAUGUGAAUAGCAUUGAGGCGGUGGAUCAGUGUCUGGGUUUGUCUAGUGAUGAUGAAACUCUUUGUGUGAGCUCUGUUGAUGUUCUAGAGGCAGGUAUUGAUGAAAGAGUUGGGUUGGCACCCGAGUGUGAAAAUGUGGUUAGUGUGGGUUUGGAGAGAGUGGUGGAUGAUGAAUGUGGUGUUAGUGGGGUUUGUUUGAAUGAUAGUCUGAAUGACGUUGGUGUUUGUAAUUUGCCAGAUAGGUGUUUGGUUUUGUCUUGUGACGAAAACAACGUUUGUGCUAGCUUUGCUAAUGUUACAGAAAUUGUUGUUGUGAAAAGAGAUGAUUUGGUGAGUAAGUGUGAAAAUAUGGCUGGUUGGGUUGUGGAGAAAAUGGUGGAUGAUGUAUGUGGGGCUUCUUUGAAUGAGAGUCAAAUUCAUGUAGAUGUUUGUUGUGCAGAGAGUGAUGGAUUGCACUUGGAAAAUGGAGGGUUCCAAGGCGAGGAUGGGAUUGUGAAAUCACUGGAGGGUUGUGAAAUGCCCUUGCGAGAAAUGCUUGGGAAUACUUCAGGGACAAAUCAUGAUCAACAGGAUGUUUUAGAAGAUGAGUUUAAGGAUGAUAGGACUGUUGGUUGUCUCUCUGGUGAGGAGAGGGCAAUUGAAGAGAAAAAUAAUGCUUUAGCUGUGGUUGAGAAAGAUAUUUGCGGCAGAGUAUUAACUUUGUGGAACCCUGAACCAGCACUCGUGACUGGUUCACUGAGAAAUAGUGUUCAAAAGGAUGAUAAGAGCAUUGAUUGUCCCUCUUUAGAAGAAGGGGUUGAGGUCAUGGAAGAGAAAACAGAUGCUUUAGCCAGGAUACAGGAAAAUACAUGUGACCAAGUGCUGCCUUCACAAUGUUGUGAAAUGCCCACGGAAUUAAUGCCCCUGACCGAUUCACUGAAGAAUCCAGUUCACCAGGAAGAUCCACAAAAUGAUAAAAAAGCUGGUUGUCCCGCUUUAGAAGGGGUUACAGAGUAUAUGGAAGAGAAAAUCAAUACUUGUGACCAAAUGUUGCCUUCUCAGGGAUGUGCACUGCCCUCAGAGUUAACAACCAGAACUGGUUCAUUGGGAAAUAGCGUAAACCAGAGUGAGCAGAAGGGUGAUGACACAAUCAAUGAAGUUAUUGAAGCAAAAAAUGAUUCUUUCACUGGAACAGGGAAAGAUAUUUGUGACCAUGUGUUGUCUUUACACGACUGUGAAAUUCACUUAGAAUCAACGGAAGUGACUGUUUCUAUGAAAGGAGUUACAAUAGAGAAAAGAGACUCUUCAGAUGGGAUAGAGACUGAUUACAAUCAACCAGAAUCAUCUUCCCAGUACAAUGAAUUGCCCACAGAUUUAGUAUAUUCAACUGGCGUGUCAAAUAAUUCUUCCCAACAAAAUCAGCUGAAGCAAACAGAAUGCAUCAGGGAUCCUGUUGUAGAAGCGAAAGCUGAUGAAAUUCCAUUGAAAUCUUCGUGCAAUGAUGAUUCGUUGAGAAGUGGUGAAGGACAUAAUGAUCGGAAGGAUCAUGAUAUUUUCAGUCAUUGUGAUGAGGAAACAAUUGAGAUAGCUACUGAAACAAAAAGCAACACUAACACAUCCAUCAUAGCUUUGCCUGCACAUAGCUAUCAGGGUUCCUUAGAAAAUUUACUUUUAGCUGAUUCACUGAGUAAUUGCACUCAGCAGAAUGAGCUAAGCGAUGAUAGGAUUACUGAUUGUCCCUCUGCAGAGAGGGUUCCAGAGGUUGUGGAGGAGAAAAGUGAUGUCACAACUGGUGUAAAGGAUGAAAUUUGCACUCAAGGAUUGCCUGUUGAUGAAAGUUUAAAGGAACAUUCCUCCGGAAUGGUGCCCAACUAUUUUGUUGACAAACUGGUUUCAGUGCAGUCAUGCUUGCCUACUGGUGUUGAUGCGAUUGGCUCUUGUAAUAGGGUGGAAGUGACAGAUCUCUUUCAGAAAGAUCCUGCAAUUGCUAUUGUAUCUAACAGUGCAGUUGAUUGUUCUGGACAGACAGAUCAUGAAGGAAAAGAUAAUACUAGGGUUAAUUGUUUCUCCAAAACUAAAUAUCCUGACAUUAUAUCAUCAUAUUCUAGAAGGAGCAGUCGAAUAAGUAAAUCAAAUCAGAAGACUCAGUCAAAAAGGGUUGCAAAGAAUAGCAGGAAUGCCGCUCAAGUGCAAAUCCCAAACAGAAGCGUUGAUAUUAUCUUCAAGGUUGCCAGAAGGAAGAGGAGCUCUUUCUCCAAAUCAGCUCGUUCUUCUAUCUGGGGAUUAUUGGGCAACAUUACUCAAAUUUUCAGUAAGAGUGAUGUGAGUAGGUUAUGUCAAAUUCAGAAUCAUGGAUCACAGAAAGCAAAAGGUGGCAAAGGAAAUCGAAAGCGGAAUAAGGUUCGGGCCAGUGGAAGCUCAUUGGGGUCUAGCAAAAAAGAUCAUGUUUCAAGUAAAUGCCUCCGUCUGAAGGUUAAAGUAGGGAAUGAAGUUUGUCGAAGUAGUCUGGAUGUUAUGGUUCCGGAGAUGGUUGACACCAUAGCAUCUUGUGAUGAUAUUGUUGGUGAUCACAGGACCUCAGAAUUUCCACAAUUUGCACAUGUUGUUGAAGAUAAAUCAGGGGAAGAAGGGACUGAUAGACAGUUUCAGUGUUUCAACAAGAAUCCAGAGGAGACAGAAAAAUACUCAGAUGAUUCUGUUGUGGAUAUUCACCUUGCAAAUAAGGAGUUGGAGGGCACUGAGAUUUUGGAUGAGGCUGCAGCAGAUGUUGCAGAUGAUCUUCUUGGGAUUCCUGCCCAUAAAGGGGCUGAGGGAUUGGAAGGAACGACCGAGAACAAUUAUGUAAAUCCUGGAACUUCACCAGAUUCAGAAGUUAUUGAUGUAAUUCCUGAGGCCCAAGUUGGUGGUAAAGGUCAAGAAGGCUUGGAUAAAACUGUUUUGACUUCUUCCACAUCUUUUGCUAGUACCAGCAGUAAGAGAGGGAAGAAGAAAGACAACCUCCUUCUUGCUGAUAACUCUAUUCAGGAAGGUAGUUUGACAGUUUCAGCAAGCAAAAAGAAAGCUAAACAACCAAAGAAACGUGGAGGCAGACAGAAAAAGGGUGAUGAUAUACACUCUAGUGAGACUCUCUCUACAUUCCCUGGUGCAAAUGCUUCAAGCAACUCAUCAAGCACUGUGGAAUUCUGUGUGGAACCACUGCCUUCAUCAGAAGAGACCGAACUUGGAAUUAUUGAAGAGGCAAUGAUACCUUCAAUGAAAUCUAAGGAAUAUCCACUUUCCAAAAGUUCAAAAUCUGGUGGAAUGAGAAAGGGAAGGUCCAAAGUCUCUAGCUCAGCAAAAAGCAGGAGACAAAAUGCUUGUACACAGGGGGGAAACCAACGGAAGUCAGUUCAUAAAAGCAAAGUCAAGGAGAAGGGUGUUUUGAUUAAAAAAGGAGGAAAGAAGGUUGUUUGUGAUCAGGUUGAAGACAAGAUGGAAGAUCAACCAAAUAUAGGAAACCACAUUGCUGAUGAUGUUGAAAAAACUGAAUCUGGCAACAUUAGUGUAUCUGAUGAUGUAGCUAAGAUGGGCCUGGUAUCAGCUGGUGUAACUGAGAAGUGUUCACCUCCGGAAGGUGCUUGGGUGAGGUGUGAUGAAUGCUACAAAUGGCGGCGUAUUCCAGUUAAACUUGCAAGCUCAAUAAACAACUGCAGAUGGGUCUGCAAGGACAACACAGAUGAAAUCUUUGCUGAUUGUUCAACACCUCAAGAGAAGUCAAAUGAAGAUAUUAAUGCGGAGUUAGGUCUAUCUGAUUUUGAAGAAGAUGAUGGUUUUUUAAAUGACGAUGGAUCAAUGGAUUGUCUGAGUACUGCAGCUAUACCUGAUCCAACUUUUUGGCGUAUUAAUUCUAAUGUGUUUCUUCACCGUAGCCGUAAAACCCAAACAAUCGAUGAGAUAAUGGUUUGCCAUUGCAAACCACCUCUAGAUGGCCGGUUGGGCUGUGGAGAUGAAUGCCUGAAUCGGAUGCUUAACAUUGAAUGUGUUCAAGGCACCUGUCCUUGUGGUGACCUAUGUUCAAAUCAGCAGUUCCAGAAACGCAAGUAUGCUGACAUGCACUGGAGUCGUUGUGGAAAAAAGGGUCAUGGGCUGCUGUUACGUGAGGAUGUAACCAAAGGGCAAUUUAUUAUUGAAUAUGUUGGAGAGGUGCUUGACAUGCAAACUUAUGAGGCUCGACAAAAGGAGUAUGCAGCUCUUGGUCAUAAGCAUUUCUACUUCAUGACAUUAAAUGGCAGUGAGGUAAUAGAUGCAUGUGUUAAGGGUAAUAUAGGCCGUUUCAUUAACCAUAGUUGCAAUCCUAACUGCCGUACUGAAAAGUGGAUGGUGAAUGGAGAAAUUUGUAUUGGACUUUUUGCAUUAAGGGAUAUUAAGGAGGAGGAAGAGCUGACAUUUGACUACAACUAUGUGAGAGUGUUUGGGGCUGCUGCCAAAAAAUGUUAUUGUGGUUCUCCUCAAUGUCGGGGUUAUAUAGGUGGGGAUCCACUAAAUACUGAAGUAAUUUAUCAAGGUGAUUCAGAUGAGGAAUAUCCUGAACCUUUGAUGCUUGAAGAUGGAGAUGAUUUGGAAAGUGCUAUAUCCAGAACCAGUUCCUUUUAUGGUGACAGGACUCAGUAUCCUCUAAAAAAUAAAGAUAAAAUGGAUGAUACCACCAGAGCUGUUCAACAAUCGGAGAUUUCCAUAGAAGUUGAGAACCUAUCUGCUUCUGCCAUUUCCCAAGUGCACAGUUCAUUGGAAGUGCAGGAAUCGAAAGGAAACUAUCCUUCAGCUCAGCCAGAAAUUUCUGUACAAGCAGAAGAUGUAACUCGUAUAUCAGUAUCCACUGUUUGUCAAGAGAUUUCCAUGGAAGAAGAAAUUAAAAACAAUGCUUCAUCUUUCAUCCAACAAGUGGGGACCACUUCUUCAACUUUGCUGUCUGAAAAAUUGCUUCUUGGUGGCAGUGAUGCUAAUAGGAAGGACAAGUCUGAUAUAGUUGAUGACAAGCAAGGGUUGCCAAAAUCUCGCCCUCGUAUAAAAACUUCACGUUCAUCUGGCUCCGUUAAGAAAGGGAAGGUUAGUAGCAGUCAUCUAAACGGAAAUAAAGUUAAGAUGGCAGCCAACAAAUCUCAGCUUCUGUCUAUCAAACCCAAAAGAAUAGUGGAAGGUUCUUCUAAUGGCCGUUUUGAAGCAGUUCAGGAGAAAUUGAAUGAGUUGCUGGAUGUUGAAGGGGGCAUAAGUAAACGAAAAGAUGCUCCUAAAGGAUAUUUGAAGCUUCUGCUACUGACUGCUGCCUCUGGUGAUAGUGUCAAUGGUGAAGCAAUUCAGAGUAAUCGAGAUUUAUCAAUGAUUCUUGAUGCACUUUUGAAAACAAAAUCGCGAGUGGUGUUGUUAGAUAUAAUCAACAAAAAUGGUUUACAGAUGCUUCACAACAUGAUGAAGCAGUAUAGAAGGAACUUUAAAAAGAUUCCAAUUCUCCGGAAGCUUCUGAAGGUUUUAGAAUAUUUAGCAGUGAGGGAGAUACUUUCACGGGAUCAUAUAAUUGGUGGUCCUCCUUGUGCUGGAAUGGAGAGCUUUAGGGAGUCUAUACUGUCAUUCACUGAGCAUGAUGACAAGCAGGUUCAUCAAAUUGCACGUAAUUUUCGAGAUAAAUGGAUUCCUAAACCUUUCAGAAAAUCUAGCUACAUGGACAGGGAUGAUGACAGGAUGGAUUUUCACAGGGGUGUAAACUGCAAUAGGCUCUCAGCUUCUCACAAUCAAAGGCAUGAUCAAGGUUCAAGACCUUCAGAAGCAAUUGAUUGUGCCAUGCAGUCGUUCACAAUCACUUCAGUGGAUAGUACAGCCAAUAAGAUGGGUUCUGCACCUUGUACAGGUGUUCGUCAGACAACUGGCACAACUCGCAAACGUAAAAGCCGAUGGGAUCAGCCAGCGGAACCAGACCUAGAUUCAAGAUCUGUUACACAUAAGGAACAGAAGCGUGAAUCUACAUUACAACAGCAGUGUGAAAAAUCUAGCCCAUUCACCAUUAGAAGUCAGCUAAUGCCCAAUCAUGCAGAUAAGCUGAGCAGAGAGGACAGCAAUUGCCCUGACUGUGUCCACAAUUACUAUAACCGAGAUGAAGCAGUUAGCUCUGAAGAUGGAGGGCAGACUACCCAAGAAGAUGUACCACCAGGGUUUUCAUCUCCCUUUAACCCACCUCCCAUUUCAUCGGACGCCUCAUCAACUACUGAUCUUCCUCAGCAAAAUGUUCUACAUCGAAAAUGUUUAUGUGAUGUGGCUAUUGGGCAUCCUCAGCAGAAAUUCAUUUCCCGCUUGCCUGUUUCAUAUGGGAUUCCAUUACAUAUUUUGCAGCAGUUUGGGUCACCCCAAGCUGAAACUCUAGAUAACUGGGUAAUUGCUCCAGGCAUGCCUUUCCAUCCUUUUCCACCUUUACCCCCAGUUCCUCGUGACAAGAGAGGUCCUCCACCUGGUUGUGCUGAUAGCUGUAAAACUGUUAAUGAAUCUGUAGAAGAAUUGCAACAAGAUAGUCACCGUUUACCCACUUACCCUCCUGAGGAAGACAAUCCAAGCACAACAGGAGCUAACCAAUCAGAAGCAGAUAUCCAACAAACAUGUAAACGAAUGAGGGGAUCCUCAAUUGAUUUGGGAAGAAGGUACUUCAGGCAACAGAAAAGGAUGGGACCCCCAUGGCUUUGGAGAAGAAAUGAGCGUUCUUAUUGUUCACAGGAUAGUAGAGUGGAUAAACCAAGCAGUAAUUUUUAUCAGCGUCCAUCCCAACAAAAUCAUCAUUGAAUUGAUUUAUAGGAACUACUCUAUAAAGACAACUGGAUUUUUCAUUCACACAUUAAUGUACUCUCAAUUCUUUCACUUGUGGGUUCCAUUUUUCUAUGAAAGUUUUAUUCAAUUUCAGAA